ACUCCGUAUGUGCUAAACAAGUCUGGAUGUUAUCAUGAUCUUUCACAGGUCAUGCUCUGGAGGACGUCAAGAGGAAGAACUUCCUGCUGGAGAAAGAUGUGAUGUUCCUGGAGGAGGCGCUGAACAACCUACAGAAGACUUACUUUGGGGUGCUUGGAGGAAUCAGAACAGACCUUCACAUAGUUGGAGAGAAGUAUCGAGACCCUGAGACUAACGAGCAGGCUGAUGAGGACAUUGACAGAAUGGAUUCCAGGGUCACAUUUAUAUAUAACAAGGUCAAGAACGCUGAGCUGGAGAAGUGUAAAGCCGAACUACUGCCUCACUAUCUCUAUAUACCUCAGGAUUUAAAGUUGAAGAAAAUCAGAAGGAUAUCCUUACAAGCCACGACCCCUCGGGAGAAGGAGUAUCAACCUGACCAGACCCCCACCCCAGGCAGGGGUAGGAGACGAGGGUUCUUCUCCAGCAAAACCUCCCACAUCGAUACAGAGCCAACCACCAAGGCACCCCUUCCACCCCUCAAGGGUAAACAGACAAUAGAGGAAAAUCCAAGUCUGCUUGAUCCGACUGGCACGUUUGUUGACUGGGCAGCCUGCAAGAAACACUUCCCUCAUAUGGCCAGAGAAUUUCUUGACGAACAAUGGGAGCGAUUCAAGGAAUAUGACAAGAAUGGUGACAGGUCACUUGACUUUUCUGAGGUGAUAGGUGCCUUGAAAGCCCUGGGUAUGCAGUUUACAGCUGUACAGGCAGAGGAGGCCAUGAGGGAAAUUGAUGUCAACAGGUCGGAGACUCUUGACUUCUAUGAGUAUCUUCUUGUGGCUGAAAUGAUUGCAAAACAGACAGGUAAAGCAACGCUCUUCAAGUCAACAGUGGUGAAAACACACAGCAAUGUUGUAGCCAAGACUUGUGCCCUACAGUGAUCAGAAUACCAUGCACCGCAUUCAACAUACAAUAAUCAUAAUGUCAUCCGCUGAAUGUUACCAAAGGACAAUGCAAUAUAAAUGGUGUGAUAUGUUGAAUGUUAGCAAAGGACAUUGUAAUGUAAGUGAUGUGAUCUGCUGAUUUUCAGCAGAGGACAAUGUAACAUAAGUGAUGUUAUUGUCAGCAAAGGACAUUAUAAUAUAAGUGAUGUGAUCUGCUGAUUGUCAACAAAGGACAAUGUAAUAUAUGUGAUGUGAUCUGUUGAAUGUUAGCAAAGGACAAUGUAGUAUAUGUGAUGUGAUGUGUUGAAUGUUGGCAAAGGACAAUGUAAUAUAUACGUUAUGAGACCUGAUAAAUGUUAGCAAAUGACAAUGUAAUAUAAGUGAUGUGAUCUGCUGAAUGUUAGCAAAGGUGAGGUGAGGUGAAAUUGGGUUCAACGUCGCGUCCAAGAUUAUUGCACUUAUAUAGUGACGUGCAUGCACGUGUGUGUGAGGCUGCUUGUACUAGUCCGAACUGAU